GGAAAAUAAAAGGGCUCGAACUGAAAAAGUUUUUCUCCUAAACGGACCAUCGGCGAGAUCAGACAUCUACACGGUCAAAGCAAAGCCGGAGGUCUGCGGGCUCCGUCCCACCGAGCAGGAUUAUACAGUAUGGACGCUUUAAAAUCGGCCGGCCGGGCAAUAAUCCGGAGUCCCAGCAUCGCCAAACAGUCGUGGGGUUCCGGAAAGCACAAGAAGCUUCCAGAAAACUGGACAGAUACGCGAGAAACAUUGUUGGAGGGCAUGGCGUUCCAGCUCAAGUAUCUGGGCGUCACACUGGUCGAGCAGCCCAAAGGAGAGGAGCUGUCAGCCGCUGCCGUCAAGAGAAUAGUCGCCACGGCUAAGGCCAGUGGAAAGAAGCUACAGAAAGUCACGUUAAAGGUUUCUCCGAGAGGGAUCAUUCUAUACGACAGUGCCUCAAACCAACUGAUAGAGAACAUCUCCAUUUACAGAAUCUCCUACUGUACGGCAGAUAAGAUGCACGACAAGGUGUUUGCCUACAUCGCUCAGAGCCAGCACAAUGAGACUCUCGAGUGCCAUGCCUUCCUCUGCACCAAAAAGAAAGUGGCACAGGCGGUGACUUUAACGGUAGCACAAGCCUUCAAAGUGGCAUUCGAGUUCUGGCAGAGUGCCAAAGAAGAUAAAGAGAAGCGAGUGAAGCCAGACUCAGUCGAACUCACCAACGUUCAGUCACAGAAUUCAGCAAGUCUGGAAGAAGAAGAAGUCGCUACAGGGAAUCUGCUGAACUUGGAGGAAGGUGCGAUCAUGGCCAUGGUACACUCAGAACAUGAAGAUACCCACACAGAACAGAACAUGAGCACAGAGAACAACAACACUGUAUGGGAGCUUGAUGAUGGUCUGGAUGAAGCUUUCUCAAGACUCGCUGAGUGUCGCGUUAACCCCCAGGUCCUGGACAUUGGGGUGAACCCUCAGGACUACAACGCUGAAGAGUGCCUGUCGCCCACCAACUGGGACAAAGCCAACGUCGAGGCUCCCGACUUCGACGAUGCUUUCGGCUUGUGAAAGCCAGAGUAGGAUGUGUUGGGACGGAAAAGGGAAGGAGAACGAUCAUCUGGCUGGAGACUGAGCGGGACUGAGUGACAGUCGAGUAGAUGCUGCAUAGAAAAUACAAAAACUGCACAGACCAAAGCAAUAAUUGUAUUUUGAAUCCCUUGAGCGGUAUUUUGUAUUAGUUAGAUUUUUUGUUACAUGUUUUUGAUGAUUUUUUUGGUGUGUCUUGGUUAAUGUAUAUGAAUACAUGUAUAGUAUUUACUGAGUUAAGAAACUUUCAGAUUUGUAUGAGUUUUAUUUCUGUUGGGUUUUGCUUUGCGAUUCUGGCUAUGCAGUGUAACACUGUUCUCUCGUUUAGGGAGAUUAACACCACUCUUUUCUAAUUAAAGUCUGUCACAUCCAUGUCACAUUUAUAAACUGUUAGACACACUCUAUGGCCAAACAUAUAUGGACACCUGACUUUGUGCUUAUUGAAAAUCCCAUUUCAAAACAUAAACAUAUUGAUUUGCUCCCACUAUACUCCUUGUGCCUAAUCCAGGUUCCACUUUACUGGGAAGGCUUGUACAAGAUUUUGGAGUGUUUCUGUAGAAAUUUGUACUUAUUUGGUUAAAAGAAUAUUUGUGAGGUCAGAAAAGUCAGUUCAUCCCAAAGGUGUUCAAUGUGGUUGAUAUCAGGUCUUGGUUUGUGCCUAUCAGCAAAGUCAUGCUAGAGCAGGAAUGGGCCGUUCUUAAUCAACAAAGUUCAAAUCAUAUUAUUUAGUUCAUGUAAUUGAUUGUAUACAUCUGCAAGCAAGAGGUGUGGCUGGACCACCUGAAAUCAUUAUGGGUGUUAUGCGUGAUGUCCUGAUACUUUUGGCCAAAUAGUGUAACUGAAAAACAUCAAGAGAAAGAAAUAUGUUAACUCAGCUUGUAUCCUAUGGCAGGCUGCUUUCUUUUUUAGCUUUGCCCUUUUUUACACCUUAAGCCAAGCUGCAGCAUCCUGCCUCGACCAAAAAUAUGUGACGUGUGUUUAUAGUGAAGACAAUCUGCUUAAUUUUUUCUACUAAAUAUAUUUUUGCACUCCCCUUUCAGACCUUUUCAAAGCACAGUUUGUUUUCAGGGAAAUCAUACUCAUCAUCAAUUUGUUGUUUCCUACCAUGUUUACCACUGCUUUUACUUGCUUAUUUUGGCAGAUACAGCUAACGACCAAAAGUAUGUGGACGCCUGACCAUGAGCUUGUUGGACAACCCAUUCCAAAACCAUGGGCAUUAAUAUGGAACUUUGGACCUCCAGCCUCAAGUAACCUGGCAUGCACUGAGUUGUCAAAAUGGCAUUUGUAAACACAAGCUGAUGUUGGAUAAGGAGGUCUGGUUCUGAAUUGCUGUUCCAAUUUAUUGUAAAAACUGUCUUUAGAUACCUAGCUUUGUGAACAAGGACACAGUCAAACUGGAACAGGAAAGACUCAAACUUCAUAAUGAGAAAGGUUGUCCACAUACUUCUGCUACAUAGUUAAUGACUUUUGCAAAACGGUCAGGUCCUUUUGUACCUGCUAUUAGGGGUGUAACAUUACACAAAAUGUACAACUUAACUGUUUUUUAGUUUUUGCAUUAUAAUGCGAUUCACAAUAUAAAAAAUAUUUCUAUUUCUAUAUUUAUAUUAUAGUUAAGAAGUUUACAUAUAUUUCUUAGAAAAUGUUAUCAAUCAUGGUAGUCUUUCAGGAUUAAAAUGAUUUCUGCAACUUCUUUUGGUGACUGAAUAAUUGGAACAUUAGAAUAAGUUUAUUGUGUGUUCUGAAAAGCAGCUGACCAAAAAUAUACAUGAACACAAACAGUGGUGCUAUUGGCGGGUCAGGCAUCGACAUACAGGCAUGGCUGUCUAUGUCUGUUGGUAACCGAGUUUCUGUGACUGAUUGUCGUCCUGUCUGGGGUGUGUUACUGCACUGUGCCUAGUGAUUCUGAAAAAGCCGGCCCACCAGGGCUCUGACCAUAAUAAAGUGGUAAUAAAGCAUGAAAAUGAAACAGCAGAUUUCUACCAGAGAGUUCACCAUUUCUCCAAAAAAAUUAAUGUGUGUAUUGUUGCACCUCCUUUCAUUAUAUAUAAUGCUUGCUGCAUACCACUGUGUUGACUCUUUUUGCUGGUGGGUGUUUCACUGGGUUUUUGGUUAUGGUAAAUCAAGUCUUCUCUUUUUUAGAAAGCUUUUGUCUGACAGAAUUCAGAACUGUUAUGCACUACACUGAUCCAUCUGAACUGUUCAUUCAACUUAAUAAAACACAGCCAAGCAAAUUUAAAAUUGGGGACACAAAAUAAUGUUUGGAUAACUUCCUCCUGUUUAGUCUGCUUGGUUACAAGGCUUUUACCCCAAAGGGUUUCACAAUGUGCUUUCACCCCAUCUUACCUCUCAGUGUUAAACAUUGCAUUGUUUUGUUUGAUUUGCGUUCAUUUCAAUGCUCAUUAAAUUUUAACUGCAUUAUGUUCAACAUUUUUGUAUUAAAGAAUUUAACUACCAGUUAGUGUGUGAAACUGUUAAAUGACCAAACAGGCCUUACUGUUGCGGUGAAACAAGGCCACAUCAGUUUAAACAGCUGCUUUUAAAAUGCUAUUUCUAAUAAAUAAGUAAAUAUGUUCAAAA